AACAGAGCAAGACUCUGUCUCAAAAAAAUAGCAAUAAUGAUAAUAGAGAACAAGAAAAGAAGAAGGAAGACCAACACGCGGAGUGCAGGCAGAUCAGGACGAGAGAACUCAAUGUCUGAUAGGUGGAUGGAUGUGGAGAGUGGGACAACCAAACCUCAAGGCCACAUUUUCCAGGCUUAGCGAACACAUGGACCUCAGUGUCCUCACUGCAAAUGCUUAGCACAUGCCAUUUCCUUUACUCCUUUCUCUUCCAUUAGCAGCUCUGAACAAGAGAGGCCUGGCCUGGCCCCUAAAAGACCUUCAGAGGUCUUUUGGAAUCUAGAGAUUAAUAACACUAGUUGAGCUUUUUCUAUGUGCAACUUGCAAGGUGCUUUAUAGACAAUGUUUUCUUAUAUGUGGCUUAGAGCAGUCCCUUGAGGGUGCUCUUGUUAUCUCUGUACCCCAGAUGAGGAAUCUGGAGCUCAGCAAGGUUAAUAACUUCCCAGAGUCACAGGGUUUACCCAUGGCAGGAUCUUGGUUAGAGCAGGGAUCAGUCUCACUCAGAAGCAAUCAUCUUGAACCACACCGCAGCCUCCCCUGACCCGUGAGUAUCCCAGAAUAGUUUCAAGUCUCCCCUACCUCUCGAAGCCAUUGCUCUAGAAUUGACCAGCUGCAACACACCUUUGUUGGAAGCUUCAGUCAGGGCCUGUGCCCCAGGCCAGACCCUUCCUGUGCCCUGUACCUACGGGAACUGAAGACUGCCAUCUAGUGGCCAUUGCCUUCUUUUUUCUUUUGCUGUUAAAAGAAAGGAAAACGGAGUUCCCACAUAAAAGACAGGCCUGCAUAUUUAUAGUAUCACACCCUGUAAACAGGAAACUUCUCAGUCUUAGAGAAGGAGCCCAGCAACAUAAACAGCAUAUUGCCAAUGAGUUCCCCCAUCCAUUCAACAAACACUUAAAUACACACACACACAUUCUAUUGGAAUGUAGGCUCCCUGAGACAGGAAUUUCUUUGGUCUGUAUUGCUAAUGAACCUGGAGAGCUUAGAGCAGUCGCAUUUGCAUAGCAGACAUGCAACAAAUAUUUAUUGAGUGUGGAAUGAAUGAAUGCCUGACAUUUAGUAUAUCUUUACUAUAUACCAGACAGUUGACAUGUACAUUUUCUCAUUUAGUCCUAAUGAUAACUCAAGAGAUAGAGACCAUUAGCAUGUCCAGUCCUCACAUGCGGAGACUGAGGCACAGAGAGAAUAGGAAGCUUGCCAGCUUUAGGGAGAACUAGCUUUGACCCAGGUUUUCUGACAUUAGAGACCGUGUGUUCCCUCCUUUCGAGGGAACCACUGGCCAGUUCCCUCCCAUGUUCUGCCUUUAUUGAGUGGAAGGCUCCCUUCCCAAAGUGUUGAGACAGAGGCCAUCAAUGGAGGGAAUGGCACUAGCUAACUCUGGCUGUGUGACUUCCAGUGUCCCUGAACCCCAGAUUCCUCGUUGAGUAAAGGAGGAGACUGAGUUAGGACCCCUGCCUUCCCUUCCAGCGUCAUCAUUCUGCUGUUCCUGUGACUCCCAGGGAGCGGAUGUGAGUAGAAGAGAGAGGACCACUUGUUGCUAGGCAACCAGCACCCACCUCACCCAUGUUGCCAUGGUGAUGAUGAAAGUUGGGCUGAUGGGAUUACCAGCUCCUGCUAAUUGCAUAUGAGCGCUCAGGGGCUGUGGGGUCACCUUCUCUUCCUCUCUUCUGCUACCCCAAGUCGUCUGUGUUGCGUGUCAUGCAGUGGGAGAGCACGUUGGUCCGGACCUCAAGCUACCCACGUUCUAGUCCCGCCUCUGUCAUUUCCUAGAGCUGUGGCCUCGGAUCCCUCCCUGGUGCCACAGCAGCUGAGUGCGCAUCAAAUCUGAAGAAAAUCUACACAGUACAGACAGUACAGAUAUUCUGGAGUGUAUACAAUAAUAUCCCUCCUGUGACUAGCCUGCCUUUGAGAUGCAGUUAUCAUUUAAUGAGAGGAGAGAGGCGACCACUUUGGGAAGAGGAGAGUAAUGCAAAGGGCGGCGUAUGGAAGAUGAAAGUCCCCAAGGACAGCACGUCCACAGUUUGGAAAGAGUUGCUGUUAGCAACCAUCGGGGAACAGUUCACAGACUGUGCUGCAGCAGAUGAUGAAGUAAUAGGAGUUAGUGUCAGUGUUCGGGACCGAGAAGACGUCGUCCAAGUCUGGAAUGUAAAUGCCUCUUUAGUGGGUGAAGCGACUGUUUUAGAAAAGAUCUAUGAACUUCUGCCCCACAUAACUUUUAAAGCAGUAUUUUAUAAACAGUUCAUGCAGAACCACAGAGGCUCAACUCAUGGCCCAUUCAGAGUGCCCAAACAUAAGAAUCACAUCCUGUCAAGAAGACGAUCUGUGCCCCUGUCACAGUUGAUGCCAUGGCUGAGACCAGUAUGUUCUAUGCAGAUUUGAGAAAAGCAGUUUCCAUGUAAUCAGUCUGAUGCCAUAAUUAAAACAUUUAGCAAA